AUGAGCUUUCCAAUUCUGUUAAAUCUGAACAAUCAAGUGGCUACUCACCAGUUCCGAUAUCGAUUCUCGCAGCCAAUUGACUUCAGUCACGACAUCAACAACUACCUCCAAUACUUUUGCAUUCAGAACAAUCUUUAUCUGAUCAAUAACACGACUGGACAGUACUACUAUUUCAUCUCAUGUGCCGAGAAUCCCUCCAGUUAUGCUCUACAGUUUAGUUUGCAGCCAGUGAAGAAUAUCACUGGAUACACUGCUGCUAGCGGAUUUCCAACGAUUCCAGCUACUGCAUACACGCCUCAGCUCCAAGUAGAUAAUGCUGCUUUCGGAACUAUCAUCGGAUUCAGCCCAGCUACAUAUCCAGCGGCGCAAACGACUAGUGUUUAUGCGGUUAAUAGCAAUUUGGUGCCUCAGAUAGACCCGACAGCCGCUGUUGUUAUUACUUGCUCAAAUCUCUACAAUCCAAUCGCAAACAACAAUCAAGUACUACACACAUUCACGUCUGCUGGGAUUGAAUAUGGCGGUCUAAUCACAACGUCUCAAGGACAAGGAUUAGCGUAUUGUCCAAUGCAAGGAACCAAUUCAGAACUGACGCUAUCAUUUCUCGAUCAGAAUAUGAUCCCUCUUGGUAUCAUUGAUAACACGUAUGCAUUCGUUUGUGAUUCGACCUAA